CUGGGAUUAAAAGCCCGGGGCUCCGAAGACUCUGAGGCGGAGGGAAGGGGGCAAGCUGCCUGCAGAUGGAGGGGCCGGAGGCACCGGAACAAGCUCCAGGUAAAUGAAGAGGAACUCUAGCCCCGAUAGUGACUGUUCAGGUGUUGAAAUCCACGUGCCCUGUGAGCUGCCAGAAGGGUAUAUCAAGUGGUAAUAGAGAAAGAAGAGAAAAAAGAGAGGCUUCUGAGUGAGAAAACAGUAUAGUGGCAGAUAUCCCAAUGCAAGUAGGCAUAAACCUGUCUCCAGGGAGAUAAAAUGGCUUCAUAGUCAUAGCAGGAGGUGCUGGCAACCCUGGGUCUCCAAGUUCAGGGAAAGUUUGACAAGAGGGUGAGUCCCGUAGUGAAAAUGGAGAAGCAAGCCCUAGAAGGCCCAACUGAGGGUUUGGAGGGAACAGGAAGAGACAUUUUUUCCAUCCAGUCUGGGAUCAUCCGAGAACUACCUUGCUGGACAGUACCGAGACAGGAAGGCAUACCCCACCGCCUGGAAUCCCAGUGGCAGGAUUUCUUGAAGACCAUGCAGUCCUCUCCGGUGAGAUGGGGAAGCCCACAGUUGCCCGAACUGGCAUCUUGGGAUGACCUGGUCACUUUUGAGAGAGUGUUUGGGAUUUGCCAGUGGCCUAGGAGAGACGCAGUGACUCGACUGACGCCUGCCUUCAGUCCUGAAGCCAAGCAAGCCGCUAUCCGCCUGAACUCCAGAGACAAAAUUGAUUACGGGAAGGUGAAGGCUGCCUUCCUGCAAGGAAAUUCCAUUGGCACAGAGAUACAUCGCCAGCGCUUCAGGCAGUUUUGCUACCAGGAAGCUGAGGGCCCUCGUGAGGUCUGCAGCUGCCUGCGGGAACUCUGCCAUUGCUGGCUGGAGCCAGAGAGUCGUACGAAAGAGCAGAUCAUAGAGCUGCUGAUUCUAGAGCAAUUCCUGACCAUUCUGCCACAGGAAAUCCAAAGUCAGGUCAGGGAACGCAGCCCAGAGACCUGUGCCCAAGCUGUGGCCCUGGCUGAAGGCUUCCUCCUGAGACAGCAGGAAGGCGAGCAGCGGGAAGAAGAGGGGACUGAGCUGUUCCAAGAAGUGGCUGUGGAUUUUUCAGAAGCACAAAGAGUUCCAUUGGAUGCCAGGCCGAGGCAGCUUGGCAAUGAGCCGAGAAGGCAGGAUAAUUCAUUGGAUCCCAUUAUUGCAAGCAGGACUGAGGAACAGCAUGAAUCCAAGGAGUCCCAGGAGGAGGAGGAGGAGGUCCUUCCAUCAUCUGAGGGAUUCCAAAAGAAAGAAAAAUCCCAUCUCUGCAUUGAAUGUGGCAAAAGCUUCACACGUCCCUCAGACCUGGCUAAACAUCUGAAUGUUCACACGGGAGAAAAACCAUACCUAUGUGUUGAGUGUGGCAAAAGCUUUAGCCAACUGUCUCAUCUUACGAGACACCAGAAAAUCCACUCAGGGGAGAAACCCCACAUCUGCUCUGAGUGUGGAGACACGUUCAGCCAGCGGGCAUACCUGGUCAGUCAUCAAAGAAGCCAUUCAGGGGAACAGCCAUACCGCUGCUCAUACUGCCAGAAAUGCUUCAGCCAUCAGUCAGCCCUUAAGAUCCAUGAGCGUAAUCACAUGGGCCAGAAACCCUAUGCCUGUGCUGACUGUGGGAAACGCUUUGUUUCCUCUUCUUCUCUCACAACCCACCGGAGGAUCCACACAGGGGAAAAGCCUCAUGCAUGUGGGGUGUGUGGGAAAAGAUUCAUCCAGCAUUCAAACUUAGUCUCUCACCAGCGAACCCACUCAGGGGAGAAGCCAUUCUCCUGCAAAGUAUGUGGCAGGAGGUUCGCUUAUCCUUCUGAUCUUACUAGACACCAAAAAAUCCACACGGGAGAGAAGCCUUACCCCUGUGACGAAUGUGAGAGGAGAUUCACCAGGCUCUCUGAUCUUAUUACGCACCAGCGCAUUCACACGGGAGAAAAACCCUAUCGCUGCCUUGAGUGUGGGAGAAGGUUCAGGCAGAGAGGAGUGCUGGUGAAGCACCAGAAGUGCCACUUGAAAGAGACUCCAAAAGAGAGUGAGUCAGUGCAACCCACAGAGCUGCAAGCCAACCAGGAAUUCAGCAUUCGUGAGAAGAAGCAGGAAAAAGGGGAGCGGGAGAAUCUGGCAGAUUCUACAUCCAGUCCCUGAUUCCAAUCACCCCUAUGCAGCUGCACAGAGGGUGCAACAAUCUUGAGGGCAACACUGGAAUGUUUUCAUUGUGCUCCCUUCUUGCCUACGUCUGGUGCUGACUUGGACUAGUCAUGACAGCAGCUGAUCACCACUGUCCUCUGCUUGACUAUGGUUACAAAUGUUGUGGGAGGGAGAGGGCAUUUUGUGGAUGGAGUUAUAAGUUCAGCAGGGAAAGGACACUCUGAAAAAUCUUGUAUUUUCAUCCUUCACACUGCUGAAUUUCCUGUGAUCAUUCUGACCUUUGGAAGAAGCUGAAAUGAUGGAAUCUGUUAGGGAUGCAGCAUUGAGGGGAGGGGAUGCCCCCUUCCAAGUAAUUAGUCUGUUUUUUGUUGGCCAGAUGAAAUAGGAACAAGAACGUCCUGCUUAAAAAAUAGCUGCCUGUCACCUUGAGAAAAAGAGCAAAGUGCUGAAUGCAUCCAUUUACUAUAUGUGUAUCCAAGGAAUGGCUGGGACAGUUACUUCUUUAGCGCCAUGCACUGUUAGCUGGACAGGGAGUGAAUGCUGUUCUUUUCUGCCAGGGAACAGUCAGCCAGGGACUAAGGAAUGUAGGCAACCACCCAUAGACUAAUGGGGCUAGGUCCAUACACAGGACCUAAUGCAGAGAUAAUGGUGUGAGCUGGUAAUCUUCCAUGCCUCAUGCCCCAUUAAGUACCAAUGGUGACUCCAUCUCCAUCUCCUUUUUUUUUGUGUGUGUGUCAAACCCAGUGGCCUAUCAGUAUAUACAGGAUGAUGGCUAGUCAGCUGCCAUCACCAUCUUUUAAUACCUGGCCUAGCUUCUCACCACACAUUCCCACAUCCACAACAAUCUGAAAUAGGGCUGCUUAAUGAUGUAGAGAUUUGCCUUAUACUUACACUUAGUUGGAUCAUUGGUACCUUGCAGUGAUACUAGCUGUGGCUCUCCAGAAUCUCCAGGUCUUUGCAGCCUUACUGUGUGAUACGAGAACUUGCAGGGAUCAGAUCUGAGACUUUAUGCAUGCUACAACUUAGUUGUGGUCUCUCAACGUUGCUGGCUAGAGUUCCGACCAGAAACUAGUUUCAUUAAUGGUGGUAAGCAGGUAGGCAGUCCUAAUUCAAAAUGAGCAUUGUCCUCUGAUGUCCAGCUACCUAAAGGAAUGGCCAAUCUGAUUUAAGUGAUGGGGGAAAAAAUCCUCCACAACUUUGUAUUAAUGAAGAAUGAAUAGUACAUUGGAAGUGGAAAACAGAAGCAAGAAAAGCAGGAAGUAAACUUGGCUUGCACAUAGUGGGAUCCUGCAGCAAAUCUAGCAGUGCAUGGCUUCUAUUCAUUACUGUUUGUUUCUGUCAGGGCUCCUGCAGCUUUAAAAAAGGAAAUUCAGCUAUGGAAAAAGAUUGAGCUGCUGAAUUGCCUCUGUUAAAGACCAUAGAGCCAUGCCAGGAAAUAAAGUUGGCAAUCCAGUUACAAAGUGGCUGCUCUCUUCCCACUUUUGAGCUAGUCUCACCAUUUCAACUGAAAGUUUUUGAUGCAAAAUGUGGACUGUUGUUAAAAUUAGGUUAGGGUGGGGAGGCAAAUACUGUAGUUGCUUUUGAGGGUGGGGUAAGAAUUAAGUUAGAGUGAUACUUAUUCCAGAACAGAAAAAUAUUCUAUAGAAUGAGUUAAUCCAAAACAGUAGUAUGGAACUUACAAAAAGAUGUAAUAAUGCUAGGCAGGGCUCUGGGUACUUUAUGAUUUUACAAAAGCCAAAAUGUCAAGAAGCUCUUUUUUAAAUUUAAAAGUUUGAUUAAAGAAGUUUUAUUUAAAGCA